AUGUUACUUCGAUCUGAUGAUGUUCGUCACAUGACGGACGAAAGCUUAGCACCUUUUCACCGGAAUCGAGUGAGAUUGCCUCGGAAACGGCGUCAGCAUGAAUGUUCCAGUAAAGCCAUUCGAGAGAAACCGACCUUAGAAUCUCUUCACGCAACACUUUCACUCGAAACGGAAAUUGCGAUAGGGCCGGUCUGGAGAGCUGUUUUCGCCAAUCCCCAUUCCAUUUACACGCCUUCUCUCGAUUCGUCCUUUUUCUUUGCCCAACUUCUAUGGACGGCCCAACACACAAGUCCCACAAACCGGUGCUCAAACAACAGGUCUAACGCACCGUCUUGUCGGCAAGCCUCUCAGCCACUUGGUUUUCGCUUGACGUCCCUUUUCAGGCCACAUCUUGACACAACCACAGCAGCAUCCAUCCGCCAAUUAGCGCUUGUAACCAACCCCGGGGCUGCCAAACUUCAUUUCCACAACGCCUACUUCACAGACCAAAGCCAACGAUACCAACUUGCACCCGAGAGCAGCACAUUUGUUCAGCAUCUUGUCAGACGCGGGUAA